AUGAAGGUAGCCUGGACCGUUUUUCUGCUCUUGCUUUUGUUCGCUACCACCAUGGAUGCUAGAAGAAAGGAUGGAGGAAGGAGGUCAUAUAAUUAUGGAGAAAAUGAUUGCACUCCGUGUCAGGGUAAGUUAAUGAUGAGCGGUAGUUCAUCGGUACGUCCUGAACCUUUACCGUAAUCGAAAAAGUUGCGCAGGUUUAUCAGGCAAAAUAACAGUGUAUAUGCGAGCUCGGGGAGUUCAGGUUUUAAGACGUUCAGAAGUUAUCAAAGGCAAAAAACAAACAAACAAACAAAUCGGUACUUGGGACUUUCUUAGCCUUGCAAAAAAUUCGAGACUGCGAGGCGUUCAUUACAGCUACAAAAACAAGGCUGCGAGCUUGGUGCUAUUGGAAAACCGCAACAAAGUUAGCCAAGUAUAGGGCAAUAAUAUACCUAAAUGAGCAAUUUGAUUAAAGCGUUACUAAAAGAUCUUGGCGGGGCGAUAUUUUACUGACUACGAAUUUUAUUUUGUUUUUGAAGUCGACAUUUAUUUAUGAUUAAAAUAUGUUUUCAAAUGUUUCUGAUUUUCUGGUCUCACUGACACGUUCUCUUUCAGAGUACCAACUGAGAUUUAAAGAGCGCACCACCACAGACUACGCGAUUUUAGAAGACUCGAUCGUGUAUGAUCUAGAUGCAGCUACAGUGUGCUUUUUCGCGAAAGACACAGAUAGCAACAAACCCCCAAACGAAUAUCAAUGCGUGUACAGCUACGCCGUUUCUGACCAGAACAACGAGCUCUUGUUUUGCACAUCUCCCGUUCUGCGAGUUUUAGUUGACGGAGUUGGAAGGUACCUAACUUGUAUUGAAGCGAUGCUUUCCGUUUCUUAA